CAACGUUCCAGAAACACUGCCAUACAUCCACAACACGGGCUCAUAUGCUACCUCUCGACACCCUUCAGAGUCCGACAGUGUUGCGUCGGGCAUGCCGCUGCAGCCUCAUCCCAACUUCCGUCCAACACAUCUGUUAGACGGCGUGCCUGGCGGGUAUCGCGACCAGCAGGGUGCCCAGUACACCACGCACACCUUACGGUCUCAGCUCCAGCAAAACCAGUGCGGCCACGUCCUCGACACGACGCCUCGCGCUGUCCACUUCGCUCCGCAACCCAGUCCCGCACAGCACUACCCCGCCAUGCCUCACGCCCCUUCGACCACGCACAGAGGCGCAGCACAUGACACUCCGGCGUCGCAAUUUCCAUGGCCCAACCUCGAGGUCCUGGGCGACAUCAGAUGCCAGGGGCAACUCGUGACCCCGGAGGUCAAAGCAAAGGUGGAGAAGGGGUUCUUCGUCGCGCUGUCGGACAACAAGUGGACGUGCUACCGCCGCAACUACUUCUCCGUCACCUGCUCGUACGAAAUGGCGCCGUACAUCGCCGGGGUGCCGCUGCAGCUGAACCGCAACGGCAAGUCGGACAAUAUCCUGGCCAUGGGGGUGCGCAUGUCCGCGGCUGUGGACGGCUCGGGUGGUAAGGCCAUCGAGUUGGUUCAACACACGCCGAAACGCGACAACGGACCCAAGACCAAGAUCGACAUUGUCAAGUUGUACCCGGCUCAGCCUUCUGCUCGCUCGGAUCACGGCAUCGGCUCGGGCGCCAUGUACGCCACCGCCUUUCAGCACAACAGCGCGGCUGGACCAGGUGGACCUCACGGCCCGUUCAUGGCGCUGCAACACCUGCCCGACCCGACUCCCGAGGGAGGUGUUGCACCGGCCCCGACUUCCACCACGUACAACUACCACAGCGGCUCCCACGCCACCCCGGCCGGCUACAACACCUCGCACACCUUUGAGCGGGUGCAGUUCAAGCAGGCGACGGCGAACAACGGCAAGCGUCGCGCUUCGCAGCAGUACUUCCACCUCAUGAUCGAGGUCUUUGCCGAUGUGCGCGCCGAGGGCGACGACGAGGCAGAGUGGGUCAAGGUGGCACAGCGCGUGAGCGACAAGGUUGUUGUGCGUGGCCGUUCGCCCAGCCACUACCAAUGCGAAGGCGGGCAGAGCAAUGCUGCUCCGCGUGGCGGUGGCGGCGGUGGAGGCCGUGGUGGCUCCCACUACACCCACCAUCCCGGCGCGUCGUACCAGUCCGCUGGACCCCCCACGUACCCGAUGGCGGGCGGUUACAAGCAAGGCUACGGCCUCAGCCACACCGCUGACCACAACACCGGCCGUGCGUACAAGAUGUCGCCGUCGGACGACAGCAGCGAGCGAGCCGAGAGCGUGGAGGGCGGCAUGCUGGACGACGGUCACCCCAUGGACGACCGCGCGAUGGCCAACAUCGAACGUGCCGACCACCAGCAAUACCACUACUACCCCAACGAAGCCGUCGAGCGCAGCAGCAGCACUACCAGUAGCGGCGCGUACGGCGGCCCGCACCUCCUCCCCAUUCCCAAAGUGGAGGCUGGGUUGAGGUACGCGACGGAGCCGCGCUACUACCAGAACACCGCCAAGUUCGACCACCACGCCGACUCGGUCAUCGGCACCCCGUUGUGGGAGUCCGGGGCGAGCGGGCCGCCCUCCAAAUUCGAUGGCUUCACCACUAGCAGUGGUUGGUUUCCGCCUGGUUCUGCGGGUCCUCAUCCGGGGUUCCUUUGAGCCUCGGGACUAUUGGCAUCGAUUUUGCUUGGGUAUGG